AACUGCGUUAUUAGAAUCUGUUGAUUACAUCCGUUUUAUUCCUUAGCAACCAUGACGACGGUUCUCCACGCUAAAUGCUUUCUUCUUGGUAGUUCAGCAGUUGGAAAAACUUCCCUUUGCCAAACGUUUCAUAAUGAUGGCACAAAUUUGUCAAAAAAUUAUAAUAUGACAACAAAUGUGGAUAUUGUUGUGAAAUCUGUCCGAGUUCCAGGCACCCGUUACAGUGUUGAAUUUAUAAUGUUUGAUACUCCAUCAAAAGAUUGCUAUUCAGAAUUUGUACAAAACUUUUAUUCAAAUGCCUCAUUAGUGAUAGCACUUUAUGACAUUACAGACACAAAAUCAUUUGAAGAAUGUAACAACUACCUGGAACAAAUUCUUAAGAGAAACCCCAAAGGAUCUGUUAUUUGUUUUGUAGUUGGCAAUAAGACUGACCUGGAAGAGCAGCGGAAAAUAUCUAAAGAGGAAGGUGAAGGACUUGCCAGAAAAUAUGAUGCUGAGUUUUGUGAAUGCUCUGUGAAAGAUAUGGUUAACAUCGACAACCCAUUCCAGCAUCUGGCGUUGAGUUUCACCAAGAAAUAUGAAGCUUCUUUAGAACAUUUCAGUAGUCUUACUUAAGCACCUACACACACACACACACGCACACGCACACACACAUUAAUGCACACUCCACACAUACAUGCAUGCAUCCUCUCUCUCACACACACACACACUCUCUACAUAUAUGUAAACAUCCUCACACACACACAUAUAUGUACAUUCUCCACAUGCAUACAUCUUCUCUCACACACACACUCCACAUACAUGCAUACAUCUUCACACACACAUACACAAAUACAUACAUACAUACACUUACACACACAUACACGCACACAUACAUACAUACUUACAUAAAUGGUGAUUGCCACUCUUUUACAGAAGAAUUAGUAUAUCCUGUGAUAAGAUCUCCUAUGAACUGGAAAAUCCGGCUUUGCUGAUGAUCCGAACAUUUUCAAGUAGAAAAGUGUCUGGGAUUGAAGUCAAAUCCUGUUUAUGAUAUGUAAUACCAACUAGCAUAUCACACACACACACACACACACACACACACACACACAUACACACGGACAUUUACAUAUUAAUUUUAACAAAGAACUUGUUGGCAGUGACUUCAAAGUUUUGGAUUGCUUGCCUCCAUAGACUGUCAAAAUUUUGAAGAUGCUGUCAAAAAAUUUAAUAAAUGUUUACUCUACUGAAAAAUACUGAAUAAAAAAUAUUUAACAGUAAACUUUCAG